AUGCCUUCUAAUGCUUCACCGCCUUUGGAAGCUUCUUCAGAAAGUACAUUUCAAAAAGCAUCAACCUCAGCCAAUACAAGUCAAUCAACUUCUCCAGUAAACACAAAUACACCUACCAUUCGACCACUUGCUCGAGAGCGACCCUAUGCACGCGAAGAAUAUAACAACAACAACAACAACAAUAGCAGACCUCCAUCUAUACGCUCUGCAGCUUCGUAUGGCAGGACGCUUAGUAGACUGACAGCAGGACAUCAUGCACGUCAUCACUCCAACUAUUCAAGCUUCAGUACCAUCAGCGAAAAUGUUUUGCCUUGGACAACGCAAGAUAUUGGCUUUAAUGCAAUCUCAGGUGUUCUGAACGAUCCUGCAAAACGCUCUCAAGACGUCUACAAGCCAACCAAGGCAGACAUUCCUCCAGUAGCACACGCGACCAUUCCUCGGAUAAGACCAACUGAUUUUGAAACCUACUUGAGCCAUAUUGGGCCUGUCUUUGAAAGAUACAGCAACAAUCGAAAGUUACUGAACGCAGCAAUACAAGAACAAGAAGAAGAAGAAGAACAACAGGCUCAGGCGAUUUCAAAACGAGGCAGAAACCCUUACAGUUUACCUCCUCAACAUAUAUUGUCGAGUGAAAGCCUGUUGGACGACGACGUAUCCAAAACACCACCUCGAGAGUUGCCUAUGCUCGAGAACGUACCGCCCAUUUUUUUCGAGCCCGAUUUUCUUCUCGAGAACCCUCAGGUGUUUGACACUGUCUGUGAAGGUGCCAACAUUGUCGAAAGCAAUAGCGGGCCUGUACUGACCAUUCUGCAGGAGAAGUUGUCUUAUUAUUUGGAUACAGUCGAAAUUCAUCUCUUGCGUGAAAUUGAAAAUAGAUCCUCUUCGUUCUUUGAAGCACUGUCGAACCUACAAGCCUUACAUCAACAGACUGUGGAUUGUAUAUCUCAGAUUCACACCAUUCGACAAAAGAUGAAACGGAUCCAGGAUACCGAAUGUAAAGAUGGACUAGAAGUCAUUCGACUCCAAGUCAGAAAGAGAAACUUGGAGAAACUUUACAACAUUACAAUGGCCGUAAAGAGCAUAAGAGCAGUGCAACCUACGGUCCAAGCAUUACUCACUGAAGGUGAUUACUUUGCAGCACUUGACCUCAUACAGACCACAAAGGACGCCCUUGCUGAUCCUGAGCAGGGACUCGAUGGUAUAAAGUCAUUAGCAAAUUUCUCAAGCGAGCUAGACGAGAUGCAAAAGUCUGUGAGCAUCAUGAUGCAACAUGACUUUUUAAGUCUUUUGUUAUCUGAUUUUUCAUUUCACUUGAAUAAUGUAAAAAAAGAGUUGACCAUGUUGGAUGUACAAGAGAACACGAUCGAAAACGACCUGUCCGAGAAGCUCUUGCGAAACAUCAAAGGCCUCAUUCGCACCGAUACGAUGAUGUCGACGCUCCAAAAUUACAAAGAGCGAUUAUUGGUAGAGAUCAAAGAUAUAGUUAGGAAACGGCAUCCGUUAGGUGGCACUACAGACGCAUCCGAGCAGGGGUUUACAAGGCAACUGAAAGCGAUGCCCUUUGUUUCCUUUUUUCAGAUGCUCCUAAACGUCCUUUCGAUCCUCAUUCAAGCCAUCCUUCGAGCAUCUGCCUACCACACCUUGUUCACACCACAUCUGUCACCUGAACUCGAACAGGAGUCAUCAGAUGUUGUCUCUGCUGUUGCAGAACUUGCUCAAGCUCAAUGCAGAAAGUUGAUUGUAUCCAGAAACGAACAAAACGCGCUACUGAAUCCAACAGACUUUUAUCGUUUAUCACAUGUUCUCGACACAUUUGUGGCUCAGUGCGAGGUGUACUCUGGUGGUCGUGGUCUUCGCAGUCUCAUCACGAGCCAACAACGAUCGUUUGUUGAUCAUUUCCACAUGGAACGUGUCAAACAGGAGACCCAACUGAUCGAAAAUGAACAAUGGGCCGUAAGCGAGGUACCCUUUGAAUUCCAGACGAUCGUCAACCAACUGUGUGAGGGUAACGUGGCUCAUUUGGUGGAUGAAACCGGUGAAGAUAAGCAGGAAAAGAGCAGUAAGAAGCAUUUAGUGAUUGACGGACAGAGCUUUUAUGUGGUUGGCUGUACUUUGCUUAUACUCAAAAUGUUUCAAGAUUAUACUAAAUGUGUUUAUAAUUUGGAAAAUAUUGCAAUUGAUAUUGUUCAAAAGCUGAUCGAGCUGCUUAAGCUGUUCAACUCAAGAGUCUGUCAGGUCAUAUUAGGAGCAGGAGCCAUGCAAUCAGCAGGGUUAAAGAAUAUUACGGCAAAGCAUUUGGCAUUAGCCUCACAGUCCAUAGGCGUCAUGAUCGUGCUUAUCCCAAAACUGAACAAGUGCAUAUAUCCAUUGAUUGAACAAAACAACAGUUUCUUUUCAGAGUUUGAUCGCAUUGUGAAAGAUUACUCGAAUCAUCAAAGUGAAAUUCAUAAAAAACUAGUGGCAAUCAUGAACGAACGCUUUAAUGCUCACGUAAAGUCAAUGCAGUCUAUUGAAUGGGACGAAGAAGAGGAGAUAGAAAGGAAGGCAAAUACUUAUAUGGAAACUUUGGUGACAGAAACAAUUCGACUGCACAAGGUGCUCUCUAAAUACUUGCCUGUGGAUGAAUUAAAGUUUAUUAUGUCUCAAGUAUUUGAUUCUUUUUCAACUCAAUUCUCAAAAGAGAUAUCCAAUAUUGUCAUAAAGACAGAAAAGGGGAAAAAGAGGCUUUUGAAAGAUAUUGAGUUCUUUAUACAUCGUCUCGAAUCCUUACAGCACGUUGAUCCGCCUUCUGAUACGAUUAUAGAAGCAGUGAAUGCAAAAAGCUGUGAAAGCACAAAGUAA